UUACUAAAAACAUAAUAUAUUUAAAUGUAAAACAAUCAUAUUUUAAUAUUAAUAUUCAAUAAUUAAUCCGAAUAAUUUGCGAAAAUAGUAGAUCUUUAACGAUUUUUAUUCCUUUAUGCAGACAUCAGGUGUUUGUUUAUUUUUAUUUAUUUAAUUUUUAUGUCUACUUCAAUGUCUGUCACUAAGUCUUAUACAAAUCGCUUAAAAAGUGAUGUGAAAUGUAUGCUGGAAAAUUUUGAAGGUAUUGUAAAACUGUGCAAGACUGAUGAUGAUCAAACACAAAUUUCUAAAGCUACUAGAAGCGAAUUGAUCGCAUUUGAAAUGGAAGUCAGAGCAGCCAAUAUUGUUCGUGCAGGGGAAUCACUUUUGAAACUGGUUUCAGAUAUGAAACAGUAUCUUAUAUUGAAUGAUUUUCCAUCAGUCAAUGAAGCUAUUGCUCAAAAUUCUAAACUUUUUCGCACUAAACAAGUAGAAUGUGAUCGCAAACUCACAAGUCUAGUUGAUGAUAUGUCAACAGAAUUGUAUGAACUUGAAGAAGAAUAUUAUACAUCAAAUUAUAAAUAAAGAAUUACAAUAAUGAAAUUAAUAAAUGGAAUUCUACAGUCAACAUUUUUGAAAUGAAUCAAAUGAAACUAAGUACUUAAUGCUGAACAUUGGAUUUGUAAAAGCAAAUAAAAACUACUCAGUAAAUAAAAAAUAUUAAUAACAUA